UAAGAUUGUGGGUGGAUGUGCUCCAUGUAAAAGAAUAUAUUUCGUUUUCAUUAUUCUCUACUGAAUUGCAUUUAUUUUACAUUUCUAUUAUUCUUACUAAACUAAAAUACGUGCAAGUAAACUUUUUUAUUUCAAGUGACUCUUCGCUAUCGUUAUGAUAUAAAUCGGCAUUUAGUUUUUCAACAACCUUUGAAUUCGGUCAUAAUGGGUCGUUUCCUAUCACAGGACAAAUUGGAAGGUUUUGAAAAAUACAAGUAUAAUUCAAUUGACACAUGCAUUCUCAGCAAAUAUGUUAUGCACCCGUUUUGGAACUGGUGUGUUCAGUUCUGUCCGGUGUGGGUGGCACCAAACCUCCUAACAUUCGCUGGCUUCCUACUCACAGUCCUAAACUUCCUACUGUUCUCGUAUUACGACUUCGGCUUCUACGCGCUCACCCAGCAGAAUAAGGAUGGUGACUCGAUUCCUCGGUGGGUGUGGGCCGUGUCGGCUGUUAACCUGUUUGUUGCGUACACACUUGAUGGCAUUGAUGGCAAGCAAGCUCGCCGUACGGGCACGAGCGGGCCGCUGGGCGAGCUGUUUGAUCACGGCCUGGACUCGUACUCUGCUGUCCUCAUACCUACAUGCCUCUACAGCAUCUUCGGAAGGGAUGAGCUGAGCCCCCUGCGUUUCUUCUUCGUCAUCUGGAACAUCUUCAUCAACUUCUACCUGACUCACUGGGAGAAGUACAACACGGGCGUCAUGUUCCUGCCCUGGGGAUACGACUUCACAAUGCUGGGCUCGUGCCUGCUGCUGCUGGUGACCUCCGUGACCGGACCCCGGGCCUGGCACGUGGCGCUGCCCGGAGGCCUGACCCCGGGCACAGUGUUCGAAUUCGUGUUGUACUUCUCAGCGAUGCUCACCAGUCAGACUGUAAUACUGUGGAAUAUAUACAAAUCGUACCGCGACCGCUCGGGCAAAAUGCGCACGUUGCCGGAGGCUGCGCGGCCGCUGGCGCCGCUCGCGCUGUUCCUCGCGCUCAGCUCCGUGUGGGCUCUGUACUCCCCGUCGGACAUCGUGACGCGCUGCCCGAGGCUGUUCUACGUGCUGACUGGGACUAUAUUCUCUAAUAUCAAUUGCCGCCUGAUAGUGUCACAGAUGAGCGACACCCGCUGCGAGGCGUGGAACCCCCUGCUGCUGCCGUACACGCUGUCCGUGCUGACGGUACUGGUGUUCAAGCCCUCGCCGAGAGCCGAGCUUGUUAUGCUGACUGUACUGUGUGUGUCCAGUUCCAUACAGCACAUAUACUACGGCACUAGAGUUGUCCAAGAAAUGUGCGAGCACUUUAAAAUCAAUUGCUUCCAUAUAAAACCAAAGAUUAAAUAAUUAACUAUAAUUAUUCCUAUUAGUUAAACAUUAUUAUAAACAUGAUAUACGUGUUUAAAUAUUAAACUACCAGUUUUAAAAGGCGUAGAGGUUAGAAGAAGGUUGAAAUAGUCAAUUAUACUUUUAGAUAAUGUGAGUUAAAAAAGGAAGCACAUUUUGUGUUUAAAUGUUUAUAUAGUCUAUGGUUUAUACGUUUAAAAAAAAACUUCACAAGUCAUUCCGUGAUUUGUCGUAAAUCUGCGUGCAUAUAUGUACUUCUGUGGCGCAGUCUGUGACACAGUAGGUCCCGAGUUCGAAUCCCGGCCAGGGCAUGAUGAGAAACGUUUCUGAUUGUCCUGGGUCUUGGAUGUUUAUAUUUAUUAUAACAUAGAGUAUUGAGUUAGUAUCUCGUAACACAAGUCUCGAUUUUAUUUUGAUGCCAACUAAAUCUGUGUGAUAUGUCCUAUAUAGGUAUAUUUAUUAUUUUUUUAAAUAUAUAUUAACUGAAUGACUAGUCACGUGCUUAUCAAUUUAAUCUUUUAUUUAAUUAAAACGUAAAAAAAAGGUUAUUGUUAUACAUAAAAUCUGCUUGUAAGGUCUGCAUAUACAAAGACUUGCUUUAUUUUGUCAAGGGAAGAGUGAUAUUGUUUUUUUGUUUUUUAGAAGGUAGAUAAUUGAUGCGUUUAUAAAGCUAUAUUUAUUUAUAACAACGCCUUUUAAAACUGGCCUUUACUUUUACGGUGUAGGGGCAACGAUGAUGAAGUCAUUUUUUAUGGUGAUGGAUGAAUAACAAGUUUCAGAAAUACACCAAAUUGGUAUAGGCUUACUAUACAUUAAUAGCUCUAUAAACAAUGUUGAAAAUACAGAACAUAGAUUUCAGAACAGUGUUAUAACGAGAUUAAAAAUAAACCAUAGAAUACACUCACGUCGUUCCGCCAAAAAGAUACUCUGAAGAUGCCAUGGAAAUAUUCAAAAAUCUUCAAAAUCAUAGUACAGGUAGGUACUGGUAGGUAAAUGAAAACAAUAUUAAUGAGUACCUACUUAUUUUGUUUAAAAAAAAUAACAGUUUUAAAUAAAUUUUACCAGAAGAAAAAAAUACUUCUGAAAUUUACCAAUCUUUAUUUAAAAAAUUAAUUUUCCAAGAGUCAGAUUGUUUAAUUUUUAUAUCUAAAGAAAUGUACUAUGAAAGUAGCAAUAUUAUUACUAGGGAUAUCGAGAUUCGUUCAGAGGAUUCUCAGCUGCACAAUUCAUUCAGUCAUUUUUUGUUUCAAACCUGCACAUUCAAGCAACUGGAUGUAUAACCAUGGUCGAUCCAAUACGGGUUAGGUUUACCUGCGAAGGUUGCGGAGGUCAGACGGGAGUCGCUUCGUGUAAAAACCUCAAUGAUUCCUUUAUACAUUGUAUUCUAUAAGAUAUAUAUGAUGUAUAUGAUAUCUAUAAUUAUACCAAACAUAUCAUACCAAUAACAACGGUCUUCCGUUAAAAUGGCGAAGCCAACUUCCUAACGUCAUUCCAAAAUUGUGUGAGGCAGCUUACUGUCAAUAUAAUAUGUAAAAUAAUUAUGUAGAACAUUUCGCAUUUAUCUAUGUAAAGUAUGUAGGUAUAGUGAAACUUCGAGAUUCUGACCAAUAGAGAUUUUCUCAGUAGAAAUUAGGAUAACAGACAAAAAAUUCAAUACAAAUAUUUUUUGACAAAAGAAAAUUAAUAUUACCUACUAAAUGCUUGGAUGUUACCAAUAUUUACUCGACUGCGCCAGAUGGUAAGGUUAUUCGUUCAACAUAAUCGAUUCUAAUCAAAAAAUAUUUGUAGUUAAUUUUUAAGAACAUUUUCAAUACAAUGUUACCACUUUUUUAAAAGGCAAUUAUAGACAAAAAAAAUCCAAUUUCAUUCGAAUAAUAUUGAUAUUAUCAUUAUUAUGUAGGAGAAAUAGUUAAAAAUCGAUAUAAUAUUUAGGUAUUUUUAUGAAACAACGCAUAAAAAUGAAUAUUAUUAUGUAACAACGAAUAAUAAUAAUAUUUGAUACAUACAUACCUAAGUGUACCCAAAAAAAAAAUACUUAUUUCUUGCUACAUUGGUAAGUAAUGCAAUUUAUCUUACUAACCUUGUUCCUGCUUAUUUAUAAGUUCAUUGAUUUCUUUGCUUACAAUUGCUAUCUGUUUGAGGUCCGAUUUUUGUUUCUUAUUUUUGAAUAUUUAUUUUCUCCGUUGUUAUUACUCUUUGGUUUCUGUUCUGAAGAUCUCUUUCUUUAUAUUUUUAACUUUCAAAUUUCAAUUUCUUUCUCUUUUUAAGAGUGUCUGUGGUCGAAUUGAACGAAGAAUAAGGAGUCUUUUAUGUAUUUGUGCAUAUAAAUAUGUUUUCACACUCAUUUAAUCAUUUAUUUAUUUCUUGAAUAUGUCCAGAAUACACUGUUUAGCAUAUGAUUGUUUGUUUGUAUUUGAAUAAGUCCUGUAUAAUUCCUUUGGAAUUUUUUGAGUAGAUACUGAUAUUUUUUUGUCUCCUUUGGUUAUUUUGUGGGAUGUAUUAAGUUUUAUAUUUUUUGAGCUACCAGGGUGAUCUGGAGAGCCAGAUGUUGAGCGCUUUUUUCGUGUUUUCUAUUUUCUAUCGUCAAUCUCCCCCCUGUAUUUUGCUUUAUUCUUUUCUAAUAGAAACAAAAUUAUAUUUUAUUGGUGAUGACUUGUCACACAUGUCUAUUUUAUUUUCUAAUAUUUAAGUCUAUAUAUUUAUUUGUUUACAAUUUACAUGAACUUGUAGUAUGCAUGUAGAAGGGGUUGGUUAAGCAAUACUGUAACCCCAGGAUUUCAAAUUUCACAUUUAAGGGCCAGCCCGAAUAGCGAAAAACUGUUGCUGUUGCGCUUUUUAUUAACACGUGAAACGGGACAGCGAUAGUUUUCUGCGCGAUAAAAACGACGUCGCGCGUGCUAAGAGGGCAGAACCCCUUAAAAAAAUCUGUUGAUAAGCCAAGGAAUCGUUUGUUUAUGUUUAUUAGCUCUCUCAUAAGUGGAAUCCAAAGUUACUAGUGGUACCUAGUCAUUGUUUUAAUUUGAAACAUGAAAUGUCAAAGCUGUAUAAUUUAAAUGAAAUUUGCAUGUAUAUAUUUCCAUCAAGAAGAAUCUCAUUUUAACAAAGAUGUAGUUUUUAUUAGUGUUAAUGUUAAAUAAAUUUUUGCAACAAUAAACCUGAUUAUUAUGAUAUGUGUAAUAUAAGCUUAUUUUUCAGUCAAUACUGUAUAAUAUGUUCACUGUAUUGUCAUCCGAAACUACUAUAUAACUUUUUUUAUUAUUGAACAUAUAUUCAGUCAAUAACAAUAAGUCAAUUAGUGAGUAAAGACCAAUUGCGCGAAGCAUAUGAGAAGCUUAGCAACUUUACAAAAUUUAAAAAAAAAGUUGUUAAUUUUAUCUCUACAUACAAACCAUGCACAUGUCUUAUUGCAAAAAGACACCAUUUUGUUGCAAUAAUAUAGUUUUCGUAUUUUAGUUUUGACUCUGUACAUACACUAACAUUUAUGUGGACGUAUAGAUAUAAGGGUGUAGUGACUAUCAAAGCUGUAAUUAUUGCCGAUAAACAACUGUUGUUUUUUGCUCUGAGUUGUGAUUGAAACAAAUGUAAUAUUCUGUUAUCUCUUUUUGUAUUAGGUUCAUAACAUACAAAUACCUAUAAGAGUAGGUUUUGGAUAUUCAUUACUUCCUAUAUGUGUAUCUCUUGUAUAUCCCAUGUAUUCUCCCACUAAGGUGAGGUCUAUAGCCAGUGCAAAAAUUUUUAACUAUUUAUAAGUACUUGGUUUGGACAAAAUAAAGGAUAU